AUGGACCGCCUUCGAAAGCUCUGGCGCACCGAGCAGCCUUACGAACCCCUGGAGAAUGGCGAGACAGAAGGAGAAACAAACUUUGUGAGGAGAAAAGCGGGAUUUCAAUACAUCGAAUAUGGCAUCUUCCUCCUGCUUGGAGUCUCGAUGCUGUGGGCAUGGAACAUGUUUCUCGCAGCAGGGCCAUACUUCCAACGCCGCUUCAAAGGCAAUCCCUGGAUCCAUGAGAACUUCCAGGCCGCUGAGAUCUCCGUCUCCACAAUUACAAACUUGGGCUCGAUGCUCAUCCUCACGAGAAUGCAAGCCAAUGCGUCCUAUUCGAAACGAAUCAUCAUUUCGCUGGUCAUAAACAUGGCGGUCUUCGCGCUGCUGUCAGCGUCUACGGCGAUCAAGACGUCCGCUGGGGUAUACUUUGGCUUCUUGAUGGUCAUGAUGUUCCUGACCAGCCUUGCUACUGGCGCGGCCCAGAAUGGAAUUUUUGCGUUCGUGUCAGGCUUCGCGGAACCCAAAUACACUCAAGGCAUCAUGACUGGGCAAGCCAUAGCCGGGGUGCUUCCAUGCAUCGCGCAGAUUGUCUCUGUGCUGUCCGUGCAGGGCGAUCAGAAGAAACCAAAGCAUGACGGACCACCGGGGCCGCCUCCUGUGCAUUGGACGGCGGCCUUGGCCUACUUCUGCACCGCCACGGCAAUCUCUGUCAUAACGCUGUUCGCCUUCUCGAUUCUACUCGCACGCAAUCGACAGCCUAAGAAGCUUCAAGACAACAACACACCAGACGAUACUGGCGCUGGCGAGGGACGCAAAUCGAUUCCGCUGUUAUAUCUCUUUCGAAAGCUGUUCUGGCUUGCCGGGGGUGUGUUUGUCACUUUCGCCAUCACCAUGGUCUUCCCCGUCUUCACCCAGCGCAUUGUAUCCGUCCGUCCACCUGAGGAGCAACCACCAAUCCUCCAGCCACCGAGCUUCAUUCCCCUGGCCCUACUGUUCUGGAACAUCGGUGACCUGAUCGGUCGUCUCCUAACCGCCGUGCCUUCUUUGUCCCUGGUCCUAUGCCCACGUGUAGUCUUCGGCCUCGCCAUCUCACGUGUCAUCUUCGUCGGCCUCUACCAUCUGUGCAAUCUCCGCGGGCAAGGAGCAAUCGUCAAAAGCGACUUCUUCUACCUGGUGGUUGUACAACUCUUCUUCGGCAUGUCAAAUGGCUAUCUCGGUAGCACCUGUAUGAUUGGCGCUGGCGAAUGGGUCGACGAGGAAGAGCGUGAGGCAGCUGGAGGUUUCAUGGGGCUGUGUCUGGUCGCUGGACUGACCGUCGGCAGCCUCUUGAGCUUCUUCAUCACGGGGACAUGA